AUGAUGUUCUUUGUCUCUCUGUUCUUAAUGAGCAUCUUGUUCCCUGCCAUGCAGGCCAAGCUAUAUACAAAAUGUGAGCUGUCCGAGGUUCUGAAAGACAUGGAUGGCUAUGGAGGCAUCACUGUGCCUGAAUGGGUCUGUAUCAUAUUUCAUAGCAGUGGAUAUGAUACACAAACCAUAGUGAAAAACAAGGAUAGCACAGAAUAUGGACUCUUCCAGAUCGGUAAUAAAUUUUGGUGUGGGAGUAGCCAGAAUCCUCAGUCACGGAACUUCUGUGACAUCUCCUGUGACAAGUUCCUGGAUGAUGACCUUACUGAUGACAAAAUGUGUGCCAAGAAGAUCCUGGAUAACAAAGGAAUUGAUUACUGGUUGGCCCAUAAACCACUCUGCUCUGAUAAUCUGGAACAGUGGAACUGUAAGAAGUUGUGAGCAUCUGCUGUCCUUGCCAUGUUCUGCCCUUUCUAUGCUCCUGGAACUCCUCUUCCCUAAUGCUACCUCAGUUUGCCUCUUCUACCCUCCUGAAGCAGAUUUGUCUCUGAGCCCUGGACCCUAUUGUGACACCACUGGACUCUUGAGGACUGUUCUUCAGGGAUGCCCCAGUGGUACACUGGACUUUAGAU